AAAAAACUUCGGCUUCUUCUUCUUCUGUAAUUCUUUAUUUAAUUGUUGUUCUAUGGAGAUCAAAUCUCGCACCUUGGAGAUCACGAUUUUGUCAGCAGAAGAUCUGAGAAUCAACAACAAACCGGUUAAAAAGAACGCUUUCGUCGUCGUAUGGACCGACACUUGUAACUACAAGUCGACGAAGAUCGAUGCAGAUGGAGGGAGCUUUCCUUCGUGGAACGAUAAACUAGUGAUGGACAUGCCCCUGCACACACGCUUCGUCACCCUCCAAGUCAAAUGCAUGGCUUCCGGCGGUGGAGAUAAAACGGUCGGAGUUGCAAGAAUACCGGUGACGGAUUUCAUCGGAGGGUUUUAUCCUGAGACUUGUUUACAAUUCCUGAGUUAUCGGUUGAGGGAUCCAAAGGGGCUGAAGAACGGAAUCGUUAACGUUUCCGUUAGGGUAAAAGAGCCUUUACAAGCUUGUUCUUCCCGGGCUGCAGCGUCUCCGAUUGGAAUCCCCGUCGAUGGACGAAAAGAUUUCGGAGUUGCGACUGGGAUUCCGAUUUGGAAUGGAUAUCCAUCUAGUUCUUUGUUAACGCCAUUUGCAUGGAAUUAGAUUGAAGCAAUAUU